CACUCCAGCCUAGGCGACAGAGCAAGACUCCGUCUCAAAAAAAGAAAGAAAAGAAACCGAGGCUCCGGCAGAGAUUGGGUGGGGUUGAUGCCCUGAGCUUGGGUUUCCUCGGUUCUGAAGCUCUCACUGCUCCCCAACUCCAUCUGUGGUUCUGAAGCUCCAGCCUCGCCUCCACCACCUCCUCCCCAUUCUCACUGCUCUGAAGCUGCCCUCCCAGCCCCGCCCCCCACCCGAGAGGUUCUUUUCAUCAGCACUUCUUGUCCACAGCCCCCGUCUCUGUCCUGGCAGACUUUGACUCUGUGGGAGGCCCCAAAGCGGCCCCCACUGUCCCGUCUGAGGAAUGAUUAACUCCUGGUUAGGUGGUGCCCAGCAGCUUGGUCUUUAGGGCAGGUGGCUCCGGCCCACUUGGCAAUGAGAGAGUUCCUUCUGCUCCCCAAAAUCCAAAACCCUCAGCACCCGGCAGACUAGGGGAACACUUGAGGGCCCAAGGUAGAGCCAGUGGCCCUAGGGAGCCACAGAGGCCUGGAGAAGGCGGGUUCUUGGUCCUCAUGCGGUGAAAAAAGAAUGGCGCGCCUCCCCCAACCCCAUCCCAGGAGGACUGCAGUGGCCGGGGUCAAGUCCACCCAACCCGUGGGCCCUCAGGGCUUGGUUGGGGGCUGAGUUUGGGCUGUGGAAGGUACCCAGCGACCCAGUGGUAGCCAGGCAGGUAUAGAGUGGUCUGCUGUGGUCCCGCCACUGUCCCCCUGCCGCCUGGGGGUCCAGAUAUCCCCACUCGAAGGACCCAAUGAGGCCCCUUCUGUAGGUGGAGCUGUCAGCCAGGUCAGAUGGGGCUAAGUGGCACACGGCGGACUCCUGCUACAGAGCGUGGCGGGCAGUGGGCGGGCAUGAGGGGCCGUGCAAAUAAAGAGGUGGGAGCAGGGUUUCCUUCCUGCCGCCAGGACCCUAGGUAUCCCCAUCUUCCCAGACGCUGGAGGCUAGCCUGGGCUCGCCAGGAAGAAGCAUGAAGGAACACUCCCCAGCCGCUGCCUCCACUCCCAUAGCCGUCCCUUUCCCCUAGGGCCCCCUGCUAGGGGUCCGCUGGCCAUCAGUCCCCACACAGGCCACAGCAGAACCCAGGAGCCCUGGCCUCAGGAUGGACAGUGACAGCCAAUGUCCAUGGGGCCGUCGCUGAGUGUCAGGCUCUGUUCUGACCACGGUAUGUGCAGUCACAUGCUCAGUUUCCACAGCCACCCUUGAGGCUAGGUCCUGUAUGAUCUCAGUGUACGGAGGCUCAGAGACACCAAGUGACUGGCCCAAGGUCACACAGCUGGUGGAGGGAAGCCAUGCUUCAGACACAGAUCCAUUUGAGCCCAGGGCCUUUGUUUUUGACACGGCAUUGAUCUGCCUCCUCCAGCUGGCAGAAGGCAAGAGGUCAGUGUCCUUCAAGCCCCUAGAAGGAUCAGGCCAGAUGACACGGCAAAAGGAUAGGAGAGAUGUGCAUGGGACUUGCCUGGCACGUGGCAGGCAAAGAUCUGGAUACCGAUCGGAGCCCACGGCUCUGGCUCUGUGUCUGCCAGGGCACAGAUUCCCAGCACUCUGCCACGUCCCUGGCUUCCCAGCCCAAGGGGAGUCGACUCUUCCGGCCGUUGGCAGCACCAGACAAUUAACAGUUGAGAGUAAUUGCUCUUGGCCAUGCCAGCAGCCCACUUUGGUUGAUGAGAUGGGGAGAGUCAGACACUGAUGUGGGACUCCCAGGGCAGGCCGCAGAGGGGACGGGGACCAAGCUGUUAGGAAGGGCUGGCAAAACAGAGGCUCCUGCACCCCGAGGUCCCAGCAGGGUCCGUGGAGCCCCGUGUCACAGGGAGCCUCCGCUCUGGGCCCUGCUCCAGCCUUAGGGGUGUCGAGUUGAGCCUUGGCCUGCAUUCCCAGGGACAGCAGGACAGCUUACGUCCUGGCAACAGUCCUCCCGUCUCCAUCCAGACGUCCGGCCUGAUGAGACAGACAGGGAUCCCAAUCACCAGGGUCUCAAACAGAAGGGGCAGCAUGGCUGUCAGCUGGGCUGGAGCACAUGGGGAUGAGGGGUGCACAGACUGGGGUGGACCAGAGGUAGGAAGCCCAGAGUGAGGAAAUGUCCCGAGAGUGGGCAGGCAGGAUGGAAUGGGCACCCACCCAAUGCCGACCACGCGUGUCUCUGGCCCCCAGACAGAGCUGUGAACCAACCCCGCUCACGGCUAACAAGCCCACCAACCAUGGCGAGCCCCACUCUGAGCCCCGACUCCUCAUCCCAGGAGGCCCUGUCGGCCCCCACCUGCUCCCCGACCUCUGACUCCGAGAACCUUAGCCCCGAUGAGCUGGAGCUGCUGGCCAAGCUCGAAGAGCAGAACCGGCUCCUGGAGGCCGACUCUAAGUCCAUGCGCUCCAUGAAUGGCUCGCGGCGGAACAGUGGCUCCUCACUGGUGUCCAGCUCCUCGGCCUCCUCCAACCUGAGCCACCUGGAGGAGGACACGUGGAUCCUGUGGGGCCGGAUCGCCAAUGAGUGGGAGGAGUGGCGGCGCAGGAAGGAGAAGCUGCUCAAGGAGCUGAUCCGCAAGGGCAUCCCACACCACUUCCGGGCCAUCGUGUGGCAGCUCCUGUGCAGUGCCACGGACAUGCCAGUCAAGAACCAGUACUCUGAGCUGCUCAAGAUGUCCUCGCCGUGCGAGAAGCUGAUCCGCAGGGACAUUGCCCGCACCUACCCAGAGCACGAGUUCUUCAAGGGCCAGGACAGCCUGGGCCAGGAGGUCCUCUUCAAUGUCAUGAAGGCAUACUCGCUGGUGGACCGGGAGGUGGGCUACUGCCAGGGAAGCGCCUUCAUCGUGGGCCUGCUCCUCAUGCAGAUGCCCGAAGAGGAGGCCUUCUGUGUGUUCGUGCGGCUGAUGCAGGAGUACCGGCUGCGGGAGCUCUUCAAGCCCAGCAUGGCUGAGCUUGGGCUCUGCAUCUAUCAGUUCGAGUACAUGCUGCAGGAGCAACUCCCAGACCUCAACACCCACUUCCGCUCCCAAAGCUUCCACACAUCCAUGUACGCCUCAUCCUGGUUCCUCACACUGUUCCUGACCACCUUCCCACUCCCCGUCGCCACCCGGGUCUUCGACAUCUUCAUGUAUGAGGGGCUGGAGAUCGUGUUCCGAGUGGGCCUCGCCCUGCUGCAGGUGAACCAGGCGGAGCUGAUGCAGCUGGACAUGGAGGGGAUGUCCCAGUACUUCCAGAGAGUGAUCCCCCACCAGUUCGACAGCUGCCCGGACAAGCUGGUCCUCAAAGCCUACCAGGUCAAGUACAACCCCAAGAAGAUGAAGAGGCUGGAGAAGGAGUACGCAGCCAUGAAGAGCAAGGAGAUGGAGGAGCAGAUCGAGAUCAAAAGGCUUCGGACGGAGAACCGGCUCCUGAAACAGCGGAUUGAAACCCUGGAGAAGGAGAGCGCUGCUCUGGCUGAUAGGUUAAUCCAGGGCCAAGUGACACGGGCGCAGGAGGCAGAAGAGAACUACGUCAUCAAGCGGGAGCUGGCGGUGGUGCGGCAGCAGUGUAGCUCGGCGGCCGAGGACCUGCAGAAGGCACAGAGCACCAUCCGGCAGCUGCAGGAGCAGCAGGAGAACCCCCGCCUCACAGAAGACUUCGUGUCCCACCUGGAGACUGAACUGGAACAGUCGAGGCUGCGGGAGACGGAGACACUGGGGGCCCUUCGGGAGAUGCAGGACAAGGUUCUUGACAUGGAAAAGAGGAACAGCUCGCUGCCCGACGAGAACAACGUGGCGCAGCUGCAGGAGGAGCUGAAGGCGCUCAAGGUGCGGGAGGGCCAGGCGGUGGCCUCGACGCGAGAGCUGAAACUGCAGCUGCAGGAGCUCUCGGACACCUGGCAGGCCCAUCUGGCCCGCGGCGGCCGCUGGAAGGAGUCCCCACGGAAGCUGGUCGUGGGCGAGCUGCAGGACGAGCUGAUGAGCGUGCGUCUGCGCGAGGCCCAGGCCCUGGCCGAGGGCCGCGAGCUGCGGCAGCGCGUGGUGGAACUUGAGACGCAGGACCACAUCCAUCGCAACCUUCUGAACCGCGUGGAGGCGGAGCGCGCGGCGCUGCAGGAGAAGCUGCAGUACCUGGCGGCACAGAACAAGGGACUGCAGACGCAGCUCAGCGAAAGCCGCCGCAAGCAGGCCGAGGCCGAGUGCAAGAGCAAGGAGGAGGUGAUGGCCGUGCGACUGCGGGAGGCAGACAGCAUGGCUGCGGUGGCCGAGAUGCGGCAGCGCAUCGCUGAGCUGGAGAUCCAGAGGGAGGAGGGCCGAAUCCAGGGUCAGCUGAACCACUCGGACUCAUCGCAGUACAUCCGCGAGCUCAAGGACCAGAUCGAGGAGCUGAAGGCCGAGGUGCGGCUGCUGAAGGGCCCGCCGCCCUUCGAGGACCCGCUGGCUUUCGACGGGCUGAGCCUGGCGCGGCACUUGGACGAGGACUCGCUGCCGUCGUCGGACGAGGAGCUACUCGGCGUAGGCGUGGGCGCCGCCCUGCAGGACGCGUUGUAUCCUCUGUCCCCGCGUGAUGCGCGCUUCUUCCGCCGUCUAGAGCGGCCGGCCAAGGACAGCGAGGGCAGCUCAGACAGCGACGCCGAUGAGCUUGCCGCGCCCUACAGCCAGGGCCUGGACAACUGAGGCCGUGCCCCGCGCGCCCGGAGUCAGGAGACCGCAGUCGCGGGGGGCGCCCGGGCAGUCCGCGUUCUGCGCUCCACCUGCCGCACUUGACGAACUCCGCGCCCUCUGUGGCUCAGCCACCCACAAAGCGAGGCCCGGCGAGGCAGCGCAGAGGGUGGGGUCCGGCCUGGGGCUCCUCAGGACCCCGGGGCAGGCUCUCCCUCCCCAGCAGUGUUUACCCAUCUUGGUCUGUACUCCUCCGGGCCCUCUGGCGUUCCGGGGUGCCUGGAGGGGCUGACUGCUCUCUUAACAGGAGGGCAGAGGGCAAGAGACAGAUGACCCAGAGGUCCCAGCACUGAAUGAGCAGGCAGCUCCCACCUCCCAGCAGGAUUCCUUCUGGGACAGGGGCGGCAUUGCUGGGAAGCGCCCAGGAGCUAACCGAGGCCUGAGGAAGGAGAGCACCAGCUCUGGGCUGGACAUCAGCACCCCAUGACACUCCUCGGGACGAAGUGACCCUUGACCAACCCCUGGCCAUCUCUAGGGGAGUUGGGCCGCUGGGGACAGAUGGCCAGGCCGGCCUCUCCUGCCUGGUGCAGGCACCAUGGCCCCUGCAGCAGAAACCAAAGUCCCCCAUACUGUGUGCAGGGCCACCUGGGGAGUGAGUGGCGAGCGGGAAGUCUCCCUGCUUCUCUGGGGCCAGAGCAGCUUCGAGGAAGUGAAGAGACCCCUCUCCCCAGCACCCCACAUCUUCCUCUGGGAGACACUCACACCCCCUAUCCUGGCCAGUGAUGGAGGGGUAUCUCUGGGGGGGUGCUCAGCUUCCAUCUACUUCCCUUUCUUCCUGUGUUCCCAGCCCCACCCUCAGCCAGGGCCAGGCCACCACCUAGGAGCUUCCUAGCGAGCGGCCUCCCCUCACUUCCUCCUGGUGGUCCCGUGGCCUCUGCUGAAUCAGAGCUGAGAACGGUGCCAAAAUUCAACGAUGCCCCCCAGUCCCCUUCCUCCCUCCUCCCAGCCCCCGGGGCCUCAUGACCUUGGGGCUGCCCCCCUCGGUGCUCCUGGAGCCUCCAGUAGAGUAGCGUCACAAGCAAUCUCCCUGGCGCUUCCUGGGGUGGGGACCCCUGCUCCGUCCCCACUUCCUAGCUGCCCACUUUUCAGUGUUAUGAAGCCUGGGAACCGGGGCAGGCACCCGCGGGGCUCUCCCACACGCCCCCUACACUGCCCACCACCAUUUUGCACACUGCCUGUUCACUCCACAUGUUGCCCAGGCGGGAAAGAUGGAAAAUAAAGUGUAUUUACACAGUCA